AGAAAAAACUCAAGUGCUCCAGAUUUCGUUGCUUUUUCGGGACAGUCUGUUGUUGUUUGUAUCAACUGCGUGGCCUCUCUCCCACCUCUUUCUUCUUCUUCUUCUUCAUCCUUCCCACUUGUCUUCAAUAGAUCCAUCCAUGGCUUCCCUCAUCGAAUCUGGUUGGCAGUACCUUGUGACACAUUUUAGCGACUUUCAACUGGCGUGCAUUGGGAGUUUUCUCCUCCAUGAAAGUGUCUUUUUCUUAUCUGGUCUCCCUUUCAUUUGUCUUGAAAGGGCAGGCUUUCUCAGCCAGUACAAAAUUCAGACAAAAAAUAACACACCUGCAGCCCAAGGAAAAUGUAUUACUCGCCUGCUGCUUUAUCAUUUCUGCGUAAACUUGCCCCUGAUGAUAGCCUCUUAUCCUGUCUUCAGAGCCAUGGGAAUGCGCAGCAGUUUUCCUCUGCCGUCCUGGUAUAUAAGACCCUCUUUGGUGAUGGUCCUGCAGGAAAGAAGUGUCUGCCCAGAUAUUAUUCUACUUCAUCAUUGAGGAUUUUGUCUUUUAUUGGGGUCAUCGGAUCUUGCAUUCAAAAUGGCUGUACAAGAAUGUGCACAGUGUGCAUCAUGA